AUGGCAUCAUCUUCGUCUCGUAGUAGGGUGUUAAAUCCUGGCCCCGAGGAUGGUUCAUUACUGUGCUAUCAGUCUAUUCAUGUUUCAGAGCAUAUUUGGGAUGGUCGUGAACACCCAAUAUUGAGAGUGAGAAGAGGUCAUUUCAUACAUGCUGGCAUGGAGGGAGUACCAGUAGGGAUUAUUCCUCAUUUGACAGUAGCAGGAUUUGCUGGAGUAGCACAGUUGGCUAGUAUUCCUAUUGACCGCCAAUUGAUUACAGCGUUAGUAGAAAGAUGGAGGCCAGAGACCCAUACAUUUCACAUGCCUCCUGGAAAGUGUGCUAUUACUCUUCAAGACAUUGUUAUUCAGAUGGGUCUUCGUAUUGAUGGAAGACCAGUUAUUGCCCCUACAGGAGGUGACAGGGCACAAAUUGUUGAAGAUUUAUUGGGAAUUAGACCACCUAAUUCUGCAUUUAUGGGGAGCAGCUUGAAACUUACUUGGUUGGAUGAGCAUUUUUCCCAUGUUGGGUUGCACAACCAAAAUCCCAUUCAGCUAACUCGCUUUGCAAGAGCAUAUAUUUUGAGACUUAUUGGUGGGUUUAUGUUAGCUGAUCAUUCUAGUAGCAGGGUCCCAGUUAGGUACCUUCCUUUACUUGAGGAUUUAGAGAUAACUGGACAAUAUAGUUGGGGAAGUGCAGCGUUAGCCUUCCUAUACAGAGAGUUAUGCAUGUCCACGAAUAUUGAUCGGUCUGGUAUUGGAGGAUUGACUCCACUUGUGAUGCUGUGGGCGUGGGAUAGGUUCCCAUUUCUAUCUCCGGGUGAUCCCCCUUACACACAGAAUGAUCUUCCUUAUGGUGCACGUAUAGAUUUGAUGCAUACUUUGCCUGCCAUAUGCACUGAGGGCAUGCAUAUAUGGAGAGCUAUUGUGCCGCUUAUUUGUUUCCAAAUAUGUGAAUGGCACCAGCCCGAUCGUACCAUGCGUCAAUUUGGGAUGGUACAACAUAUUCCUCAUGCUCCUUAUCAGCCAGACCAGCUACAUGACAUUACUCUUAAAGGGAAGACUGCUGACAAUUGGGAGUCAAAGUUUAGGUGCGUACUAGAGCAUUGGGACAGGAGAUUAGAUUGGGUUGUGAGUAAUGAACCACAAAUUGGUCUACUGAGUUCGAACUCUAAAUACAUGCGGUGGUACCAUACUCAUACUAGAUGGUGGAUGAGCAGAGAUGCUGCAGUGUUUGCAUUACUUGGAGAUGCUCAUGAGAGGGCCUAUUACUUGUGUAAUGAUGGGAGGGACACAUUUUCAUUUGAGGAGAUGAAGGAUUUGUGUGAGACGAUGUUAGCCUUGCAAAAUGAGCAGGAACGUAUCUUAGAGCCUUCAUCCUCAUGUGAUCCUCCUAUCCAGAGUGGAAAUCUAGAUGAGCCUCAGAUUGACAUUGGUAUUGGUGAACAACGUCGGGAAGGCAAAGGUUUGCAACGUCGACGAACGUCAUUUCAGGCCACAGAUUUUACAUUGCCCCCUUUGCCCGAACGAGGAGAUGGUGUUUAUUUUGUCCCACCACCUUUUCCGUUUCAACAAUCACAAUGGACACAGUCAUCUUAUGUUCACUCAUCACAGCAAUCAAACGUCCCUCCUGCAUCUCCAUUUUUUAGCGGUGAAUUUUAUGUUCCUGACGCUAGCCUUUUCAUGACACCUCCUCCAUAUGAGCCUAUGUUUUUCACACCGAGUGCACCCGGUGUAGGCACUCAUCAAAGUGGAUGUAGUGAGCAAACAACAUCAUUGGUACCUGGGCAUGACCGUGGAAUUGAUCUUAAUGCUGAAUUCAUUGCAGCCUCAGAUGCAGCAGGAGCUGAUGUGAGACGUAACCCUCACCGUGGAGCGCAAGAUCGUCGUCGACAGUGCAUUCUCACACCUCAUGAGGAGGGACCUCACGAGCAGUCAUUGAAUUCUGAUUGA